AUGGAUGCUGCGGGAAGGGGCUGCCAUUUGCCGCCCCUGCCAGCGGAGCGCAGACCUGUUCUCUCUCCGGCGGUGGCGGCCGCCGUCAGCGCCGUUCGUCUGUCCGGCUUCUGCAGCGGCGCCGCCUCGGCUCCCUCCGCGGCCGCCGGAGCGGUCGCCAUGAACCCCAGCUCCUCGGCGGCAGAGGAGAAGGGGGCAACGGGCGGCAGCAGCAGCAGCGGAAGCGGCGCCGGGAGCUGCUGCCUGGGCGCCGAGGGCGGUGCGGACCCGAGGGGCGCGGGGGCAGCGGCGGCGGCUGGGGCCGCUGCCCUGGAAGAGCCCGGGUCCGCCGGCCCGAAAGAGAAGGACGAGGCGCUGGAGGAGAAGCUGCGGAACUUAACUUUCCGGAAGCAGGUCUCUUACAGGAAAGCAAUCUCCAGGGCGGGCCUGCAGCACCUGGUUCCUGCACAUCCCCUCAGCCUUCCUGUGGCAAACGGGCCAGCGAAGGAGCCCAGAGCGACUCUGGACUGGAGUGAAAAUGCCGUGAAUGGAGAGCACCUGUGGCUGGAGACCAACGUCUCGGGAGACCUGUGCUACCUGGGGGAGGAGAACUGCCAAGUCAGAUUUGCAAAAUCAGCUCUCAGGAGGAAGUGUGCGGUCUGUAAGAUCGUCGUCCACACCGCCUGCAUCGAACAGCUAGAAAAGAUUAAUUUCAGAUGUAAACCAACAUUUCGAGAGGGGGGCUCAAGAUCACCAAGAGAAAAUUUUGUGCGUCAUCACUGGGUACACAGGCGUCGGCAGGAGGGAAAAUGUAAGCAGUGUGGUAAGGGCUUCCAGCAAAAAUUCUCCUUCCACAGUAAAGAGAUUGUGGCUAUCAGCUGUUCCUGGUGCAAGCAGGCGUUUCACAAUAAGGUGACCUGCUUCAUGCUGCACCAGAUUGAGGAACCCUGCUCCCUGGGGGCUCACGCUGCUGUUAUUGUCCCGCCCACCUGGAUCAUUAAGGUGAAGAAACCUCAGAACUCGCUGAAGGCUUCAAAUCGGAAGAAGAAGAGAACAAGCUUUAAAAGAAAAGUCAGUAAAAGAGGAACUGAAGAAAACAAAGGUCGUCCUUUUGUGAUAAAACCUAUCUCUUCUCCUCUCAUGAAACCUUUGCUUGUGUUUGUGAACCCUAAGAGUGGAGGCAACCAGGGAACCAAGGUCCUGCAGAUGUUCAUGUGGUACCUGAAUCCACGGCAAGUCUUUGAUCUUUCUCAGGAAGGGCCAAAAGAUGCGCUUGAAUUAUAUAGGAAAGUACCAAAUCUGCGGAUUCUGGCCUGUGGUGGGGAUGGAACGGUGGGCUGGAUCCUUUCCAUUCUGGAUGAACUGCAGCUGAGCCCUCAGCCUCCGGUUGGGGUCCUUCCUCUGGGGACUGGGAACGACCUGGCUCGAACUCUCAACUGGGGAGGGGGCUACACUGAUGAACCCGUGUCUAAGAUCCUUUGCCAAGUAGAAGAUGGGACAAUUGUACAGCUAGAUCGCUGGAACCUCCACGUGGAAAGAAACCCAGACUUGCCUCCAGAAGAACUUGAAGAUGGCGUGUGUAAGCUUCCUCUGAGCGUUUUCAAUAACUACUUCAGCCUCGGAUUUGACGCCCACGUCACACUGGAGUUCCAUGAAUCCAGAGAAGCAAAUCCAGAGAAAUUCAACAGUCGUUUUCGAAAUAAAAUGUUCUAUGCAGGGGCAGCUUUUUCUGAUUUCCUACAGAGAAGCUCUAGAGAUUUAUCCAAGCAUGUUAAAGUUGUUUGUGAUGGGACAGAUCUCACCCCAAAGAUUCAGGAACUGAAGUUCCAGUGUAUAGUAUUUUUAAAUAUACCCAGAUAUUGUGCUGGCACAAUGCCUUGGGGGAACCCAGGAGAUCACUAUGACUUUGAACCUCAGCGCCAUGAUGAUGGUUAUAUUGAAGUCAUUGGAUUCACCAUGGCCUCUUUGGCUGCCCUGCAAGUUGGGGGCCACGGAGAAAGGCUGCACCAGUGUCGGGAGGUCAUGCUGCUAACUUACAAAUCCAUCCCCAUGCAAGUGGAUGGGGAGCCCUGUAGGUUGGCCCCGGCUAUGAUUCGGAUCUCGUUGAGGAAUCAGGCCAACAUGGUACAGAAGAGCAAGAGAAGGACGUCCAUGCCUUUACUCAAUGAUAUCCAUCAGGUGCAAGCUGCGGACCUGCGGAGAGUGUCUGCCCCCCCAGGCUCCUUCACCAUUCCCCAGUCUGUCCCAGACCGUCUGAGGAUCCGGGUGAACAAAAUCAGUUUACAAGACUAUGAAGGAUUCCACUAUGACAAAGAGAAACUCCGGGAAGCUUCCAUCCCUCUGGGUAUUCUAGUUGUGCGUGGAGACUGUGAUUUGGAGACUUGCCGUAUGUACAUAGAUCGCCUGCAGGAGGACCUGCAGUCAGUUUCUUCUGGCUCCCAGAGAGUUCAUUACCAGGACCACGAAACCUCCUUCCCCAGAGCGCUCUCAGCUCAGAGGCUCUCCCCACGGUGGUGCUUUCUAGAUGCUACUUCUGCUGAUCGCUUUUAUCGAAUAGACAGAUCUCAGGAACAUUUGCACUUUGUGAUGGAGAUUUCUCAAGAUGAGAUUUUUAUUCUGGACCCAGAUAUGGCGUUGUCACAGCAGGCAGGGACACCCCCAGGAAUGCCUGAUCUGGUGGUGGAGCAAGCCUCCGGAAUGACAGACUGGUGGAACCCUGCCCUCCGGCAACGCAUGCUGAGUGACAGUGGGCUGGGAAGGAUAAGUCCGUAUUACGAAGAAGACUCACAUCUGAAAGACUUCAGCCACUCCCGAGUGCUACAGUCACCAGUCUCUUCAGAAGAUCACGCAAUUUUGCAGGCAGUAAUAGCUGGUGAUCUUAUGAAGCUAAUAGAAAGCUAUAAAAAUGGAGGCAGCCUGCUAAUUCAGGGACCAGACCACUGUUCACUUCUUCACUACGCAGCUAAAACCGGCAACGGGGAGAUUGUGAAAUAUAUCCUUGACCACGGACCUUCUGAGUUAUUGGAUAUGGCAGACAGCGAAACGGGUGAGACCGCACUGCACAAGGCAGCGUGCCAGCGGAACCGGGCCGUGUGCCAGCUUCUGGUGGACGCAGGAGCAUCUCUGAGAAAGACGGACUCCAAGGGUAAGACACCUCAAGAGAGAGCACAGCAGGCCGGGGACCCGGAUUUGGCAGCCUACCUAGAAAGCCGCCAGAACUAUAAGAUCAUUGGCCAUGAGGACCUGGAAACUGCUGUUUGACCCUGGUAGACAGGCUGAGAGAAUCUGAACGAGCAUAUCACCUGUGCCCUCCUGGUGAUUGGGCAGCUCCCCUGGAAGAAGCUGAUGGAAUCCAUAAAUCUGUCUCUCUCCUGCAAGAAUCUAUCUGAGACCAUGCCACCAGUUUUAAGGGCUACCAAGAUGUACAACAGAACAUGAUAGCCCACUGAGGACGAGGCAGGAUACCUGGAGAUUUGUGGAAUACGAAUUCCACAAAAUUCAAUCCUUAUUGCUUCCAGCAAGUAGCAUGAACUUCUGUGUUCACCUGUAUAAUUUAUUUUAAAGAUUCAAGGAUGUUUGUAUACAUGGCACUGCUCCCUCCACCCCCUAUGCAUUCACCUUUCCCCUGUACCGCACAAUUCUCCUGUAAUGACCCAUCUAUUUAAAAAAUAUGAUAUGAUCGGUUCUCUUUACAAUCCAGCCUUUGGAGACCAGAAGACGCUGAAGGUCUUUUCAAACCCUCUGGCUGUCCUGCAAAAAUAGAACUGUCAGACCGCUUCCAUUUCCAAGACUAAAUAUACCAAGACUACUUAGUGACCUUUUGCAUGUCUCCUCUCCCUCCUUAAUCCCUUUUCGUUAUACAGGAGCUGGGGAGUGCCACUAAAAUAAUGUCAGCUUGUGUGCAAUGUCUCUGAGGUUUGGCACGGUGGCAUGGGAGUUGUCUGGGCUCAGAGGUACCUCAGAGGGGGGACCCAGGGGUCAACGCAGGUGGCAGGGCUAUUGCCGAUAGCCACGGAGGACCGGUUCAGCUUGGGCUGUUGGUCCAGCUCCGUACUGCCUACAUGUAGCCAUCUUUGCCUUUUGCUGCAAUAGAGAUGAGCAAUGGAUUCAACAAAGGCCCAGAGCUAGUUUGCAGAACCACUCAAUUUUAAGUGCUGCUGAAAUUGCACAGCAGAAAACCAUGUGUGGGAACUGUGGUUACAGGAAAUGGAGCACUACGCCAGCGUUUACUUUUAGGCUUUUUUGACUGAUAAUAGAAAGCAGGCUAAUCGACUGGAAGUAAAACAGCAAAAGCAAAAGUAGCAACAUAUGUCAAAAUAACUCACUUAAGCAAGAGAACAGUCGCUGGAAUGUUGC